UCGACUUGUGCGUGCGCUAUUCGUCGCUCCUGUUUAUUCCACGUGUUAACAACUCCGAUACAUAUUAUUUCCAGUGAUUAUCAGUGAUUAUUUUUUAUCGUGACACUUCAUGCAAUAAAAUGACACGCAUGGUAUUCACCGCCCUGGCUGUCCUGAUUUUAUUUGGGAAAGCGAGAGCAGAUGAUAAUGGGAAUUUUUUCGAAAGUGAGGACCAAAUUUCGAGUAAAAUUUCAACAUCUCUGAGGAUCGGCAAUGGACACCUGAAGAACCGAACGGAGAUGAUCCAGGGGACUGUCUCAACGGGAUUACCGAUGACUGAAAAGGAAGCAAUUGCUGAGAGAGCCCUUCGAGGAAAUACUACCAGAGACCUUGUCCUUCCCACGGACCUGUCGAUAGCCAGGAUAAUAACCGAAGACACACCUGAGGAGGAAGACCUCGGAGAGACUCUACCCGAGGCGCAGGAGUUGAGGUUUCAACGACCGGGGACUCGCAGGAGGCCCCUCUACAGGCCCAAUCCACCGAGGAGACCAACCAACCAACCAACCAAUCGGAGAAAUGUUUUUCCAGUUGAGGGCCCACUCCGAUCGCCGAUGAGGCCCAAUCGCAGGCCCCAGGAGAUCAGAGAGGCUAGACAACCAACGGAAAGUGACUGCACCUUCUUCACGAAGACCGUUUGUCUCGAGACAAUUAAUUACCCACACGAAGCCAUAGCGAGAAGUCUUCGGGGUAAUAAGGACAUGGUAUCGUCAUUGCUGACGGAUUUCAGUCCCCAGGAUAAUAACUAUCCAAAGGCCUUGCCUUUAGAGAGCCACGUUGACAAUAGAUUCGAGAAUAAAUAUGAGAACAACGAGAUUAAAAGAAGAUCGGAUCACUCAUCUUUCGACAACUUUGAGGAGGGUUUCACUUGUCCCUCCCAGGUGAUGUACGCACGUCCUCAAUUAGCCAGGGCUGUUUCCGGUGUUUGGAAAUACAUAGUAAACACAGCUGAGCACACGCAAACCCUCCGCCUCGAGAAAUGCUCAUCACCCAAAUCGAGCUGCUCAUUUAUAUCGGAGAAUUACCGAUCAUCGUGCAUGCAAGUGUACAAUUACCACAGAUUACUGACUUGGGACAGCAGUUUGGGUCUUCACAUGGACAUCUUCAAGGUGCCAUCGUGCUGCAGCUGUCAUGUGCAGGGCUACGCCGAGCUCUAUCCACCGAUUCAAAAAGAUCCCCGACCAACACCUGAUGAGAAAUUCCCAGGGGCUGAUUUUGCCACUGAACAGGGCGAGGAUGAUGCUUUCAAACGUCCCACUAGCUAUCUCACUAAGUUCAAGCCGUCUAACCCUGAUAAUAAUUUCGUUUCGUCAGGGGGUAAUAAACACAUCGCUGACGCUGGCAGCUCUCACCGCCCUAGCUUUGCUUUGCCUGGGAGACAAAACAGACCGAAAAAACCUUCCUCACCGGCAAAUCCCAGACCCUAUGACAAGCUUCCUCAACAGCAUGCACCUAACACCAGAGCACCUGGGUACAAAGGCCCAGCAAAAGGGGUGAAGAGGCCCGGAAGACCUGUCAGGCCCUACAGAAGAGAGUCCACUGGAGAUGAAGAGACAUCUCCAGCUCCAAUCAAUGAAGGGAUUGAACAGCAAAAUGACCAGGAAACCGAUGCCUCAUUGAAGCUGCACAACGGUGGUUUCGACGAGGAGUACCAAGAGCCCAAUAGACGAGUUAAUUACAACUACCACCCGAUCAUCGAUUUCUUCAAGCCAGAAGCCUCCAGACUACAAGCCCCUGAGGCACUAUCCACACAGCCAGCGACUAUUGAAUCAACUGGAAACUCCUGGAAGCCCAUGAUCUCGGCAUAAAUUCAACGAAAUUACCCCUAGAGUACCUGAAUAUCUACAUUUAUUAUUAUUAUUGAUAAAUAAUCAUUCAUCGCCAGUGUUAAGUAAUCGAUAGCGCGACUGCAGUCUGCAAAUCAUUUAAUUUAUUCUACGAAGAUGGCGUUUCAAUUCAUUACUCAAUUAUAUUGUUGAUUGCAUUGUUCCUUAUUUAAUGUUACGAAUACUAUUUUAUACGAA